UUCAUCUCUCUAGAUUAAUGCUUUCGGUAUAAACCAUUGGAUUGGAUGGGAGAUCAUUUGAUCCUGCCCGUUCAAAUUCAAAAUCAUAAAUUUAUCACAUUCCCAUCUAACCCUAGUUCACAUUUCUCCCGUACUGGUUCUGGGUUCUUUUCCCCUCAUCCCUGUAACCACUACCGAUAGGCCACAAUCUUCUUCAAUUGCGGCACAUGCCAGACUCUCCGAUCACUAAACUUUCCGUUUCCUCAUACUCAAAGCCUUCGACACCAAAACCCAUCGCUUCACCUCUCAUUCUCUCCAUUUCUUUUCGAAGGUUAACAUCACAGUGCAAACAAGGGCAGUGAUCGCGAAGACGUCUCUGAUGGCAACAAAUGAAAAUCUUCCUCCCAAUGUAAUAAAGCAACUUGCGAAGGAGUUGAAGAAUCUCGAUGAAUCUCCACCUGAGGGUAUAAAAGUGGGAGUGAAUGAUGAUGAUUUUUCAACCAUAUAUGCUGAUAUUGAAGGCCCAGCCGGGACCCCUUAUGAGAAUGGGCUUUUUCGUAUGAAGCUGUUAUUGUCUCGUGACUUCCCACACUCUCCUCCUAAAGGGUACUUCCUGACAAAGAUUUUCCAUCCAAACAUUGCAACAAAUGGUGAGAUUUGUGUCAAUACGCUAAAAAAGGACUGGAAUCCAAGUCUUGGACUACGGCAUGUUCUCAUUGUAGUAAGGUGUUUAUUGAUUGAACCGUUUCCAGAAUCGGCUUUAAAUGAACAGGCUGGCAAAAUGCUGCUUGAAAAUUAUGAGGAGUAUGCUAGACAUGCCAGGCUGUACACUGGAAUUCAUGCUAAACCAAAACCUAAGUUCAAGUCGGGUGCUAUUUCAGAGUCAACUACGGCUCUGAAUGUUGAUCAAAGUAAUUCCUCAGUUCUCAACAGUGACCAGAACGCAGGAGUUAGUGCUGCAAUGGCAUUGCCAUCCCCAUUGGCUGCUUGCACAACAGCCACUAAAGGAGGAAAUAGUCAGGAUCAGCCAGCUGUUGUAACUCCAGUGCCUGAGACAGGAGUCGUUGGCUCUGUGAACAUGGCAACACCACUAAUAAGUACUCAGAAGAAGGAAGUUGGACCAGCAAAAGUUCAGGCGGACAAGAGAAAAAUGGAUGCAAGAAAGAAGAGCUUAAAGAGAUUAUAAUGUUGUAAGGGGACAAAUGAUUGAACGGUCAUUAUGGAUUCUCUGGCUAGCUUCGGAUGCUUAUAAAUGGAGAGGCCCAUGUAACUGAGGGGAAAAGGGUAUCUGAUGUGUAAGGUAUUUUCCCAAUGGGAUAAGUAAUGGAUUAAAUCAAACUCUAUUCUCUUUAA